GUGUCUCUGUCUCCAUUCAGUCCGGUCUCUGGGGUUUGUCCCUGCUCCAUCGCCUGCACCUCAGUGGCCUUAAACCGAAACCUCAGCAUGGCCCGCGCUGAAGCUCGGAGGAUGAGUCUGCUCCACACCUCCGCGUAAAGCUCGCUGUCAAAGGUAUACAGUCUCAUGGGCCACACCAGAAGAAAACCAGCAGAGGAGAGAUGUUCAGAAACAGGCCUCCUCCAGAGGAGGAGAGACGGGUCAAAGCCAAUGACAGAGAGUACAAUGAGAAGUUUCAGUAUGCGAGUAACUGCAUCACAACAUCGAAGUACAACAUCAUCACUUUUCUGCCUGUCAAUCUGUUUGAGCAGUUUCAGGAAGUGGCCAAUACCUACUUUCUCUUCCUGCUCAUAUUACAGUUGAUACCUCAGAUCUCCUCUCUGUCCUGGUUUACCACCAUCGUGCCUUUAGCUCUGGUCCUGAGCAUCACUGCAAUAAAGGACGCUACAGACGACUUUUUUCGCCACAAAAGCGACAACCAGGUGAACAAUCGCCAGUCUCAGGUCCUCAUCCGCGGCUCGAUCCAAAAAGAAAAAUGGAUGAAUGUUCGAGUGGGCGAUAUUAUAAAAUUGGAAAAUAACCAGUUUGUGGCAGCUGACCUGCUGCUGUUGUCAAGCAGCGAGCCUCACGGACUCUGUUACAUCGAGACCGCUGAGCUGGACGGAGAGACCAAUAUGAAGGUGCGCCAGUCCGUCUCUGUCACGUGUGAACUCGGAGACACAAACAACCUGGCAACAUUUAACGGUGAAGUUGUGUGCGAGCCCCCCAACAACAAGCUGGAUCGUUUUUGUGGGACGCUUUACUGGAAGGACAAGAAGUACUCUUUGACCAAUCAGAACAUGCUGCUGCGCGGCUGUGUGCUCCGCAACACUGAGUUCUGCUACGGCCUGGUCAUCUUUGCAGGACCAGACACAAAGCUGAUGCAGAACAGCGGCCGCACAAAGUUCAAGCGAACAAGCAUCGACCGCCUCAUGAAUACUCUGGUCCUCUGGAUCUUUUGCUUUCUGGUGUGCAUGGGUGUGAUCUUGGCCGUGGGUAACGCUGUGUGGGAGAGAGAGGUGGGCUCUCUCUUUCAGAGCUACCUGCCCUGGGACCCUCCUGUCGACAGCUUCAUCUUCUCUGCCUUCCUCUCGUUCUGGUCCUACGUCAUCAUCCUGAACACUGUAGUGCCUAUAUCUCUCUAUGUGAGUGUGGAGGUGAUCCGACUUGGACACAGCUACUUCAUAAACUGGGACAGACAGAUGUUUUGUUCACAGUGUAACUCAGCUGCAGAGGCCAGGACCACAACUCUGAAUGAAGAGCUCGGGCAGGUUGAGUAUAUCUUCAGUGACAAGACUGGAACUCUCACCCAAAACAUCAUGACCUUCAAUAAGUGCUCUAUCAAUGGACAAACAUAUGGGGAAGUUACUGAUCCACUGGGGCCUCAACCAAAAAAACUGGAUUUCACACCUUUCAACUCUCUGGCGGACCCAAACUUCUGUUUUUAUGAUGACACGCUCCUGGAGUCUGUCAAAGUGGGCGACUGCUGCACUCAUGAGUUUUUCCGCCUCCUUUCUCUUUGUCACACAGUCAUGAGUGAAGAGAAAAGUGAAGGAGAGCUGGUGUACAAAGCUCAGUCUCCAGAUGAGGGCGCUCUCGUAACCGCAGCUCGUAACUUUGGCUUUGUGUUUCGGUCACGCACCCCCGGGACCAUCAGCACAACAGAGAUGGGACGUCCUGUCACAUAUGCCCUGCUCGCUAUUCUGGACUUCAACAAUAUACGCAAGAGGAUGUCAGUCAUUGUGCGUAACCCCGAGGGGAGGAUCCGUCUGUACUGUAAAGGAGCAGACACAAUGCUGCUGGAAAGACUGCACCCGAGUAACCAGGACCUCAUGAACAUCACCUCAGACCACCUCAAUGAGUAUGCGGCUGACGGGCUGCGGACCCUGGCUCUGGCCUAUCGGGACCUGACUGAGGAGCAGUGGGAGGCGUGGUCCGAGAGACAGCGCAUCGCCGAGAGAGCCACCGACUGCAGGGAGGAGAGAGUCGCUGCGCUGUACGAGGAGAUAGAACAGGACAUGAUGCUCUUAGGUGCCACAGCGAUUGAAGACAAGUUGCAGGAAGGUGUCCCGGAGACCAUUGCUGUCCUGUCUCUGGCCAAUAUCAAGGUCUGGGUCCUCACUGGGGACAAGCAAGAAACUGCAGUGAAUAUCGGAUACUCCUGUAAGAUGCUGACAGACGACAUGGCGGAGGUCUUCAUCAUCAGUGGAAACACGGUGCAGUGUGUGCGACAGGAGCUCAGAGCUGCGAGACAGAGGAUGGUGGAGUUGUCCCAGAAUAGAGAAGAAGGGAAGGAUGUGUUUGCAGAGGCCUGUUUUUUGACCCCAGACUUGAGAGAAACUCACAGAGAGGUCACAGAAGCAGAGAAAGACGAACAACCACCAAACUCUCCAGUGUCUCCAACUCCUCCGCUCAACCUCUUGGACAACAUCUCAGGAGAGUUUGGGCUUGUGAUCAAUGGCCACAGUCUGGCCCAUGCGUUAGAGGCUGACAUGGAGAACGAGUUUGUGUCUUGUGCGUGUGCAUGUAAAGCUGUGAUCUGCUGCAGAGUGACACCGCUGCAGAAAGCUCAAGUGGUGGAGCUCAUCAAGAAGCACAAGAGGGCGGUGACUCUGGCAGUGGGAGAUGGAGCAAACGAUAUCAGCAUGAUCAAGAGUGCUCAUAUUGGCGUUGGAAUCUCAGGACAGGAGGGAAACCAGGCAGUUUUGGCCAGUGACUACUCUUUCUCUCAGUUCAGAUUCCUCCAGAGGCUGUUGCUGGUGCACGGCCGCUGGUCCUAUCUGCGAAUGUGCCGUUUUCUCUGCUAUUUUUUCUAUAAGAACUUUGCCUUCACCAUGGUGCACUUCUGGUUUGGAUUCUUCUGUGGAUUCUCGGCUCAGACAGUUUAUGAUCAGUACUUCAUAACACUCUACAACAUUGUGUACACUUCACUCCCAGUGCUGGCAAUGGGAAUAUUUGAUCAGGACGUCCCGGAUGACAGGAGCCUGGAGUACCCUAAACUGUAUGAACCUGGUCAGCUAAAUCUUCUAUUCAACAAAAAGGAGUUCUUCAUCUGCAUUGCACAGGGCAUCUACACAUCAGUGGUCCUGUUUUUUGUCCCUUAUGCCGUGUUAUCUGAUGCCACCCAAAGCUCCGGGGAGCCUCUCGCUGACUACCAAACAUUUGCUGUCACCACGGCAACAGCCUUGGUCAUGGUGGUCAGUGUUCAGAUUGCUCUUGACACCGGUUACUGGACCAUUAUAAACCAUGUGUUUAUCUGGGGCUCCUUAGGCCUCUAUUUCAGCAUCAUGCUCGCCCUGCACAGCCAGACACUCUUCAGGAUCUUUCCCAAUCAGUUCCACUUUGUAGGUAGUGCGCAGAGCACGCUGUUGCAGCCAGUCGUGUGGUUAACUAUUGCACUGGCCACUGCAAUCUGCAUAGUUCCAGUUUUGACUUUCCGCUUCCUCAAGUUGGAUCUCAGGCCUCAGCUCUCAGACACGGUGCGUCACACACAGUUGGUCCGUCUGAAGAAGAGGAAGCUGGCUGGUCGCUGUGCGGGUGGUCACUGGAGAGGGGCCAGUACCAUGUCAGAGGGGCGUCUCGGGGCCCGUAGUGGCUCUCGGAGGUCGGGUUAUGCCUUUGCUCAUCAGGAGGGCUUUGGGGAGCUCAUCACCUCAGGGAAGAACAUGCGCCUCUCGUCUCUGGUACUGGGCUCGUUCGGCUCUAAGCACAGCUCCAGUUGGAUCGACACACUGCGCCGUAAGAAGCACCCGCAAACGCCCACCUGCACCUCCGGAGACUGUAGCCCCGCCCCCAGCUCCAUCUCUGCCUCUGUCCCGGCCCUUUCCAACUCGUCCUCCAUGAUGGGCGGGUCACAGGACACGCCCAUAGAGGAAGAAUCAGACACGACUACAGUUCCAAGUGUGACAGCAUCUUUCUCCGCUGAAACCAAUGGAGCCCCAGGUGCAUCCCAGGGCCCGGCUCAACCCCAGCAUAGCACAGCCCCGUCCUCAGCCACGGAGAGGAGCCAAUCAGAUCCCCCCACAGGCUGGACCCUCAGUCUGGGAGCAGUGCAGGAAGCCCUGUUUGGAUGGAGGAACUCAGCACCUUGCAGCAAUUCAGCCAGUUAGGUAUAACAUGAUUUUCCAGCUCAAUAAACCAAAGGGAAAUUGUGAAACAUUGAUUUUGCGAUUAUGAGCGCACAGAACCUAAGCUUACAGUAUUUAUGGAUGGAUAAAUGACAGCUGUAAUGGACUGUGUUAUUUUCAUGGGUUUUACAAAUGAAAAGAAACAAAAGAAGAGAAUUCACUAUUCAAGAUGCUUUUGAAAACCAUAUACUUUUAAUGUUGCCUUUGAGAUAUAAAAUAGUAUUAGAGUUUAAAGGUCCUAUAUUAUGCAAAAUGAAUUCACGUGAGCUUUAAGCCAUGUUUAAAUGAUGUGACCUUAUCAAAAUCACACCCAGAUUUGUGACCACACAUGUCUGAGUAAUCCUUUAUUUGUGGUUUGUCUACAUCUUUAAAGCUCAAAAUGCUCUGUUCCACGUUGUGAUGUCAUGAAGUGACAGAUUUCAAGAUACAAUUUACAUUUUGUUCAGUUUAGAGAUUGCCAAUCCCAGUUCUAAAAUCAUCCAAAUCAUUCUGUAUGGAAGGUGUAUGGAGUUUAAAAACACAGUGGAGGACUUUCUGUAUUACCUGGGAUGUAACAAUAACCGAAAUAUUGUGAUAUUGUAUCGUCAAAAGUCUCACAAUAAUAUCGUGGGCUGUUACAAUAUAUUGAAUUAUAAGUUCCUUUGCUUAAAUGCAUGUUUUUAUAGUAGCAACAGUUUAUAAACAUAGGGAACUACAUAUCCCAUGAUUCAUUUCAGUGCAGACAACAUGAAGACAUAUGUUUUUACUUGAACUCUUGGGAUUAUGACGGAAAUAAUUCACAUCAAAAUUUUGUCAAGGUAUUUUAAAAGCAAAAAAGUGUUUUAUCUACAAUUAUAUUAGCCUCUUCAAAAUAUCACAAUAAAUAUCGUACCGUGAGAUGCAUAUCGUGAUAAUAUUGUACUGUGAGAUUUGGAUUUCGUUACAUCCCUAGUAUUACCGCAACACAGUGGAGCAGAAUGUUUUCCAUGAGAGAAGAUCUCGCCUAAAUAUGCAGGAUUUGUGUGUUAAACAUGUGUGAAUGAAACAAAACACAAGUCCAAGUGUGUUUGUGAUGAGGAAACAACAUCGUAACAGAUCAGAAAACAGUGUAAUAUGGGCCCUUUAAGAGUUGUAGAGCAAAUACUAAACCAUGUAAAUCAUAUAGCCUACUUCUGAGCCUGUUUAUGUCGACUACAGUUCUCAGUGAGAACAGAACAUUAAUUUACAGAUUAGACUUUAUUUUCCUUUGCCACUUACAUCAUAUUGGUGUGUUUAUUACGGCUCAACCACAUGCACCUUAAGCGUGAUUUAUGUAUUAUUUUAGGCCUACAUAUAGUCUGACAAUAGUUCUGGUAAAAUGUAGGCAUUCAUAAUUUAUUUGUAAUUUAUAUAUGUCAUUAAAUUUUACUUG